CAAUCCUUCAUCAUCCUAACCGUGCUGUGAAGGCUGUGAAUGAAAGCCUCUAUUUGAAGUAUAGACGUGAGUGGGCUGUCUGCAACCACCAUGCCGUACCUGGGCAAUGAGGACACGGUGAGGGAGCUGAGGAGAGCUCUGUCCAACCCUAACAUCCAGUCUGACCCACUGCGCUACAGGAACACCAUCCUCAGAGUCAUCAGGUUGAUGUCUCAGGGUGUGGAUGUGUCAGGUUUGUUCAGUGAGAUGGUGAAAGCGUGCGCCACGGUAGACAUAGUCCACAAGAAACUGGUGUACGUCUUCCUUUGCUCCUAUGCCUCUUUAAACCCAGAGCUGUCUCUGCUGGUCGUCAACACGCUGAGGAAAGACUGUCAGGAUCCAAACCCCAUGGUCCGCAGCCUGGCCCUGAGGAACAUGACCAACCUGAGGUUACCCAGUUUGGUGGAGUAUGUGGAGCAGCCUCUGACAUCAGGGCUGAGGGACAGAGCAGCUUGUGUGCGACGUGUGGCUGUACUCGGCUGGGCCAAACUAUACAAUCUCCAACCUACAUCUGAGAUCGACGCAGCGGUGGUGAAUGAGCUGUACAGCCUGCUGAGGGACCCUGACCCGGUGGUGAUGGUGAACUGCCUCCGAGCUCUGGAGGAAAUCCUGAAGGAAGAAGGAGGAGUCGCCAUUAACAAACCCAUCACCCAUCACCUCCUCAACAGGCUGAAGGAGUGUGAUGUUUGGGGUCAGUGCGAGGUGCUGAAGAUCCUCCAGCGCUACCGGCCUCAGUCGGAGGACGAGCUCUUCGACAUCCUGUCCCUGCUGGACGCCUCACUGGUCAGCCCCCACCCGCCUGUCAUGGCCGCCACCGUCAGCCUUUUCCUCAGCCUGUGCUCUGGCUUGCCGGCCGUCAGUCUGGCGGCUCUGGAGCGAGUGCGGGCGCCGCUGCUGGCAGCCUGCGGGAGCGUUUCCAGAGAGAUGAGGUUCAUCGCUCUCUGUCACAUACAGUUGUUGUUGCGUUCUCUCCCUGGCCUGAUGGGGGUGCACUACAAACGUUUCUUCUGUGGCUACGCUGAGCCUGCCUACAUCAAGCAGAGGAAGAUGCAGGUGCUGGUGGAGCUGGUGAAUGAUGAAAAUGUAUCCAUGUUACUGGAUGAGCUUAAAGUCUACUGCACUGAUGUCAACACUAACACAGCCCAGGCUGCAAUAUCAGCCAUAGGUCGUAUUGGACGGAGCUACAGUGACAGAUGUCUAGAGAUCCUCACAGGGCUGCUGGGGCUCAAACAGGAGCACAUCACUUCUGCGGUGGUGCAGACGAUGCGUGACCUGGUCUGGGUGUGUCCUCAGUGUAGCGACACUGUGUGUUUGGCUCUGGAGGGCUGUGAGGAGACGCUGCAGGAUAGCCAGGGCAGGCAGGCCUUGCUGUGGCUGCUGGGAGUGUAUGGGGAGCGAGUGUCCAGUGCCCCCUACACACUGGAGGCGUUCAUAGACGGAGUGAGGAGCGAGGCCUCUCUGGGAGUGAAGAUGGAACUGCUGACGGCCACAAUGAGGCUGUUUUUGUGCCGACCUGCUGAGACUCAAGACAUGCUCGGAAGACUGCUGCACUACUGCGUAGAUGAGGAGACAGACAUGUGCGUUCACGACCAGGCGCUUCUCUACUACCGCCUGUUGCAUUGUGGGAUGGAAGAAACACAGAAAGUCCUCCAGGGUCGCAGGUCGGACCCUUCCUUGGGCGUUCUGAUCGGCCGGUCCACAGAGCCAGUCAGCCAGUGGGCACGCAGCUUUAACACUCUGGAGCCUCUCAGGCUGAGCGCUGUAGAGACAGAGUCAGUCAGCAGAGGAAGUCCUGAACAUGUGACCUUUGACCCCAAGCCUAACACUGACCUGCCUGACUCACUGAACUCCAACAGCCAAGAUGAGAAGGUUAUCACAGGCUCAGACGGUGCCAACUGGAGUACAGAAUCACGCGCUGAUGCCCUGGCGUCAGAUGCCAUCACCCCCUUCAGUUUGUCUCUCUCUCCUGCUCUCAGCCCAGAGGAGUUUGAGCGCCUGUGGCUGCAGCGACAGGGUUCACAUGUUGACCAAGGUGCUGAGGACAGAGACGAGGAGAAGGAUUACAUUUGUGUGGAAGAACACAUCCGAUGCCCCGCAAUACCUCACUGUUCCCCGAGAAGCCUUCAGGCUGCAAUGCAACUGGUCAAUAUCCAGGCGCUGGCCUUCACGCCGCCGCACACGCUCCCCUGGAGGGUCUACCUGUACACACACGCCCAGCGCACUCUCUCUGACGACGCGCGCCAAAGCACGCUCGUCCUGGGAGAGCUGCUUUACACCGGAGAGGCGGAUCAGAAAACAGGAGGAGAGACCGGAACGGGUGACGGAGACACUGCUGAUAAAACAGCGGCGGAGGGCAGGGAGCAGGAGCAGGUCAAACAGAGAGAGGAAGCAGUAGUCGCAGGGCUGAACGGGAGGGAGACGGUGAGAGAAGACGGAGGAGAGGACAGAGUAAAAGUAACACUAAAGCAGCAGCAGCCGAAAGACGAAGAAACUCUGAGGGGAUUUCUCUCCAUCCUCACCACUGUGCUGCACACGCUGUCUUCAGAGAGAGCUUAAAUAUGCAUCUCACACACACAAAUGUUGUACUUGCUUCCUUAUAUGGAUACUCUCUCACUUCACUGACUCCCUAACCAUAACAGUAAACUCGGUAGCAGAGAAAAAAGCCCCAGCACCAAAAAAAAAAGAAAAAAAAGUGACUUGGUGUGAAGCUGAAACAACAACAGGAAGCAAUGUAGCCUACAUGAGCAGGGUCGGCCUCAAUCACUUCCUCCCUUUUGCAUCUUUCACAGUCGUAUCAGCUGAAUUAAUCUUUCAAAAAAAGAAAAGGAAUGGAAUCUUUGCAGGGGGGAAAAGCAUGAGUAAUAAUAGAGCACUGGUGGGAGAGCUCCAUUAAUCUCCUCACUAUGCUGUUAUUUUCACAGUCCAGCCGUAAUAAGUAGAUUAAAGAAUAGUUGAGGUCAGAUCAUGUUCGGCCUGUUCGGCCUGGUGAGGGCACUAUGGAGGAUUGGUCUCACUGCACCAGUCAACAGUGGGUUUUUUUCUUUUUUUUCUUUUUCCUCUCCUCCUGGGAUUAAGAGAUAAUGUUGUAUACAUACAAACACAUGCCACAGUGGAAGAUCUUUACUUUUUCACAGAAGCAGGCAGUGAGCUGGGUAGGGGUCCUAACCCAAACUGAUCCACAUAUUAUUUUAAGAGCAGAUAAGAAGAGGGAUGCUGUGUUUGAAUAGCCUACAGAAGUGCUGACCCCGCCUUUUUAAAUGUAUCAUAUAUUUUCCGUGUGUGUGUGUGUGUGUGUGUGUGUGUGUGUGUGUGUG